CUUUGAUCCAUCGAGGUUCGGAUCCAUAAUACUUUAAACCCGAUUUCCUCUAUCUUCCCUUUGCCUCCAGCAUACCUCCUCCAUAGUUCUACGACGACGCCGUAAAUUGAUCACCGGAGAUCACUCGACACCGAAUCCGUCGGCAUCGGAAGGUGCUCUACGUCUUCUGUUUCUCAGUGAGGCUAUCUGGUAUUGCAUCAUUCAAUGAAGUGCUGAAAAUCAUCUAGUGAGGGUAUUCUCUGUUGAUGGCUUCCCCUGAACGACGAAGGAGUUAUCUCAAACAGGAUGACCCUAACUUAAAGCUUGAAGAUGACUGGGAAGGGGAUGAUAAGAGAAAAUACAGGUCAAGUAAGUCAAGGCCUGGCAACAGUGAAGAAGCUGAAGGUUUAGAUAGUAAUGGAAGAAGGAGAAGUACAUUGGAAAGAAAUGAGAGUCGGAAAAGAUCAGUAGGAUCAAGUAUAGCUGAUAUUGAUGAGGAUGACUAUGAGGCUGAAAACGACUUGCGGUCCAAAUUGACAAAGAAGAAACAGGGUGAGAAUACAUUGGAGACAUUGAGCAAUUGGUAUCGGGAUGGAGAACUUGGGGGAAAGUAUGAUAAUGGAGAUAAAACAGGGGAUAGAGGACAAAUCCUAGCUAAUGAGGGUGUCAGAAGGAAAUCAACUUCCAGGUUUUCUGAUGGUGAUGGUUCUCAGACUAGAAAUAAAGGUAAUAAUGAGAAGCUACAUGGUGGGGACUCUGGAAAUGCACUGGAAAGGGAUUCUAGACAUUUGGAAAGAAAGGACAGUACCACAGAAAGGGGUCAUGUGUUGUUAGAUAGCCUUGAAGAGUCGAAUAGAGACAAGAAUGGUAAAUACCCAGAAAGUGAUGAGAGAAAAAUUGACUGUGAUAGGAGUAAGAAAGGCAGGUCGUAUGCUAUAGAGGAAGACAGAGGAGGAGCAUUUUCUAUACGGGACGAUAAAUUGAGCAUAGAGAGAUUUGAGGAGCAUAGACAGCGAAAAGGUGCCACAAGUCAUGACAUUGCGGAAAACCGUGAUAGGUCUGCAGCCGCAGGUGAUGACGGUGGCUCACGGGUGCGAGAGAGAACUAGGAGAGAGUUGGACUCCUCUGAUAGGUCCAGGACACCUGAGAAGGAUGGAAGACGCCAUUACAAUUUAGAAAGCGUUGAGAUGGAAUAUGAAAAAAGAGAUACUUUCAGGAGGAAAGAACAAGAAAAAGAUGGUGCGAGAGAUGAUAAAUCAAAAGGAAGGGAUGAUGGCAGGAGCGAUAGAAACAGGUUUAGGGAUGGGUCCAAAGAUGGGUGGAAAAGAAGGCAAGGGAACUUUGUUGACAAGGAAAUAAAAGAAGGUGAGACAUCUUAUGAACAUGGAAGAGAGUGGGAAAUGCCCCGACGUGGGUGGAUUGACAAUGAAAGGCCUCGUUCUGGUGGUAGAAAAGAUGGAAAUAGGACAGAAGCUUUGAAAACUUCAUCAAAAUAUGGAAUUUCAAAUGAAAAUUAUGAUGUCAUAGAGAUCCAAACCAGGCCGUUUGACUAUGAUAAGGAGAAGGCCAUAUCUGCCGUAGCAAGAACAACUGAAUUUAAUCAGAAUUUUGAUGCAAGAUUGCUUCCGGAUGACGAUAACAAUGCCUUUCCUAGGGAUGACAGGGGAAGAAACAUGAAUUGGUCAGGCCAAUCUGCUCAAGAUAUAAAGAAUACAUCAGGUGAUGGUUCAUAUAGGGAUGAAACUGAAUCAAGGCCCCAGAAAGGAGACGCAUCUGUUCGAUCUGCCUUGGGCCAAACUUCCAAUAGUGCUUCAGAACCUCCAUAUGGAAACCAGGAACCAUCGUCCUUCAAUAGAGAUGUUCCAAUGGGUUCUAAAGGAAGUAGGGUUGGGAGAGGAGGAAGAGGGAGGCCCACAGGAAGAGAUGGCCACCAGUUCGGACCUCCAAUGCCAAUGAUGGGAUCACCUUUUGGACCACUUGGAAUGCCAUCACCUGGAACUUUGCAGUCUUUAGCUCCUAACAUGUCACCUGCUCCAGGUCCACUCCCUGGUGUUUUCAUUCCUCCAUUUUCACCUCCUGUGGUUUGGCCUGGAGCCCGAGGUCUUGAGAUGAAUAUGCUAGGUGUUCCACCUGGACUCUCACCUGUGCUUCCUGGGACUGGAUUUCCUCCUAAUUUGGGGAAUCCAAUGUAUUUUAAUCAAUCAGGCCCUGGAAGAGGGACACCGCCAAAUAUGUCUGGUCCAAAUUUUAAUGGCCUAAUACCAGGAGGUCGUGGACAGGUUAAAGAUAAAGCUAAUGCUGGCUGGGUGCCUCCUCGAACUAAUGCCCCACCUGGAAAAGCUCCUUCUAGGGGUGAGCAGAAUGACUACUCCCAAAAUUUUGUAGACACUGGCACGAGGCCUCAAAAUUUUAUCAGGGAACUAGAACUUACCAGUGUUGUUGAGGACUAUCCCAAGCUUCGAGAACUUAUUCAAAGGAAGGAUGAGAUUGUUGUCAAUUCUUCUUCGCCUCCCAUGUAUUUCAAAUGCGACUUGCUUGAGCAUGAGCUGUCACCAGAUUUUUUUGGGACCAAAUUUGAUGUAAUUCUAAUAGACCCCCCAUGGGAAGAAUAUGUUCAUCGAGCUCCUGGUGUCACUGACCAUAUGGAGUACUGGACGUUUGAGGAAAUAAUGAAUCUCAAAAUUGAGGCAAUUGCUGACACUCCAUCAUUCGUUUUUCUUUGGGUUGGUGAUGGUGUGGGGCUUGAGCAAGGAAGGCAAUGUCUGAAGAAGUGGGGAUUCCGCAGAUGUGAGGACAUAUGUUGGGUGAAAACAAAUAAAACCAAUGCUACUCCAGGAUUACGGCAUGAUUCCCAUACUUUAUUUCAGCAUACAAAGGAACACUGCCUUUUGGGCAUAAAAGGAACUGUUCGUCGUAGUACCGAUGGGCAUAUAAUUCAUGCAAAUAUUGACACAGAUGUGAUUAUUGCUGAGGAACCUCCUUAUGGAUCAACUGUAAAGCCUGAAGAUAUGUACCGCAUAAUUGAACAUUUUGCGCUUGGCCGGAGAAGGCUUGAACUCUUUGGUGAAGACCAUAAUAUUCGAUCUGGCUGGUUGACUGUUGGUAAAGGAUUAUCUUCAUCGAACUUCAGUGCAGAGACCUAUGUUCGGAAUUUUGCCGAUAGGGAUGGUAAAGUCUGGCAGGGUGGUGGAGGAAGGAAUCCACCACCAGGCGCCGCACAUCUUGUUAUUACAACACCUGAAAUAGAGUCUCUUCGUCCUAAGUCACCCAUGAAGAAUCAGCAGCAACAGACAGCAUCUAUAUCUGUGAUGACAACAAACUCUUCCAACAAGAGACCAGCCGGUAACUCACCCCAGAAUUCGCAAAACGUGAACCAAGAAGCCUCUAGCUCUAACAACCCGAAUGCAGGCCCUUGGGUUCCAUCGAUGGAGAGUUUUCAAGGUGGACAUGUGAUUUCGGAUAACAAUAUGUAUGGGUAUAACACAGCCUUUACACAGAACAACACUGAAAGUUCAGACUAUGAAUCUCAUAAUGCAAUGAAUUUAUUCUAGUGACAAAAUCACAUUUGUUGUGCUAUUAUGUAUUUGAAUUAUUAUUAUUAUUUUUUAACUUAUAAUAUAAUGUCCUCAAGGCCACACGACAGAACUUUGACUAAUUUAUAGAGUACAAUUUUCUU